AUGGCGACGACGGCGGCGCGGGCGGCGGCGGCGGGGCUGCAUCGGGCAGCGCGGCCGGCAGCUUCAGCCCGACGGCCAGCUGAGCUGGGGGGCGGCCUGCCGAGCUGGCGGCGCCGGCGCGCAGGCCGACCCUGCGGUGACUCAGGGCGCCGCGCCGCGGAGGGUGCGGUGCCUUCACGGGUGUCACCGCAGCGGUGGCUGCGGGCAGCCGGCACCCGCGGCACAUACAAGCCGGCGGAGGCACUGGGGGCUCAGCCACCAUUGACAGCGCAGCAGCAGCGGCGGCGGCAGCAGCGGCGGCGGCAGCAGCGGCGGCGGCAGCAGCGGCGGCGGCAGCAGCGGCAGCACCAGCAGCGGCGGCAGCGACGGCAGCCGCCCCAGCGCACCACCUGGGACCCGCAGUGGGCGCCGCCGGGCCUGCGUACCUCAGGGGCCGGGGCGGCGAUUGCGCAGCAGCGGCGGCCAUGGCUCGGCGGCCUCGGG